UUUCUAAUUAUUCUUUGUUUCUCUUUCUGCAGGUUGUUGCUUGGUUCAGGCUGGAAGCUGUUGGAGUGAACAGCAAGAGUGGCCCUCCCUCCCCCCUUCCCUUCCCCUCCCCACCCUAGCAGGUGACGGAAACCAGUUCUCCUGGUGUGUCAUACCCUUGCAGCUGCUCCCUCAGAAAACACCCCCCCCCCCCCCACUACCCACCCUAAUAAACCCACCUGCCACACUUAAGACACCUCAAAGAGGAUGGCGAAGGAACAGCCCAAUGUGGGGGAUCUCCUCCAUCUUCUAGAGACGUCUGACCUACACGAACUGGAAGAAGUCAGGGCUGCUAUAAAUGAGCACCUUAACGCAGAUCGAGGGUCAAUUUUCCUAAACAGCUUGGUGGACUAUUACCUAGAAACGAACUCCGGGCAGGCUUUGCACAUCCUAUCCUCUGUCAGGGAGCCACAUGAUAAGCACCUUCUUGAUAAAUUGAAUGAUUGUAUGACCAAGUCUGCCUGCCGUCUGGCUACUCUCACACUACUAGAACAUGUCAUCCGGAAACAACCACCUUGGAUACACAAAGUAUCUCGUGCCCCAAUCCUCCAAGCUUUAUUGAAAUGUUUAAAGACUGAUACCAACAUUGUGGUUCUAAUAACGGGAGUCCUUGUGUUAAUUAUCCUUCUACCGAUGAUCCCACAGCCCGGCAAACAAAACCUCUACGAGUUUUUUGACAUCUUUGGUCGCUUAGCUUCCUGGAACCUGAAAACUCCAGGGAAUACGCCUGAGGUUUAUUUAAUCCAUUUGCACGUAAGCGUUUAUGCACUCUUUCAUCGGCUUUAUGGGAUGUACCCUUGCAACUUUGUGUCAUACCUUCGCUCACACUAUAGCAUGAAAGAGAACAUGGAGACUUUUGAGGAGAUAGUGAAGCCAAUGUUGGAGCAUGUAAGGAUCCACCCUGAACUUGUGACAGGGACCAAAGACCAUGAGCUGGACCCAACCAGAUGGAAAAGGUUUGAAAUACAUGACAUUGUAAUUGAAUGUGCCAAAGUGUCUCUGGACCCAAAAGAAGCUUCCUGUGAGGAGGGGUACUCCUCGAUUCCAGAGCAUUUCACUACGCAUCUCCAGCACCGACAGACUGACAUUACUGACCCCCACAGCUGUUACACGAGUGCCUCAUCCACCCCAUUCACCACACCCCGCCAAACCAUGGCACAGCCAUCUUGUCGGAGUCCUCAGACAUUACGGUGUUCCAAUGAUCCCAAUCGGGAUGUAUUCUGGAGCCCUUCCACAGUGUGUGGGAUGUCCACACCCCCAUCCUCACGUGGAAUUUCCCCUACAAAUGUUGCAUCAGAGCUGUCUCACAGUGCUCCCAAUCAACCAUGCAGGCUUCAUAACACACCUGUUGGGAACAAAGGUACCAUUUCCAACACACCUACCACCUCUUCUCCUCCUCAUUUUUGCUCAGAUGAAUAUGUGAACAUUUCUGUCCAACCACAGACCAUCACCCCAACCCACAAGGAUAUGAGGCCAGGAACCGGCCAUGACUAUGAUGGGGCAUCUUCAGUGGUGAUUGGAGGCUCAGGUGAUGCAAUUGAAAGCAAGACAACCAUGACUUUGGAUGACCUUCCACAAUUCAUCAAAGAGCUUGAACAGCAGGAUCAGAAGGAGCGAGAAGAUGAUGCUAUCAGGGAGGAACUUCACAAUAUCACUGAAGGAAAGUCUGAAUCGCCAGGUCCACGCGGUGGCUUUGACUCUCCUUUCUAUAGAACCACAGAGACCCUCACUGAUGGUGAGAGAAAGCACGCAAUUCCAGCACAUCCAGCCUUGAUAGCAGCAUCCAGCUGUGGGCUGUCGUCUGACAAUGCCCUUUGCACACCUGACAAACUGGUCCCUGCAGCAACAACAAGGACUGAUAACCAGGGGGCUUUCCCUUUCAAACCUGUGUUCACCCCAAUUGACCGACCUGUCCUCCAGACCUCAGAAGGUCAUGUUAGUGUUACUUCAGAAGAGAGACAAAAACCCUUAUUCACCCCCAGUCCGUGUAAGGCGCAAACUGCCCCCUAUGAGGCACUGUUUGAAUUGGCAUUACCUAAGGCUGCUGCUCUUUUUGUGGCCAGAAAGACAGCAGAAGCAGCACAGAGGGUUGGUGCAAAGUACCCAAUUGAAGAUGAUGGCAAGUGGCACGUCUCAACCUCUCCUCUGGAAGUGUUGGAUUGUCUGAUCCAGCAGGGCAAGGAUGCUCAUGUUCGGGAGCUUAACAGGUUGCCUUUGCCAAGCAAGUCUGCAGAUUGGACGCAUUAUGGAGGUUCUCCCCCAUCAGAUGAAAUUCAGACCCUGCGCAGCCAGUUACUGCUGCUGCACAAUCAAUUAUUAUAUGAGCGCUACAAACGGGAACAGCAUGCAGUCCGAAACAGACGUCUGCUCCGCCGUAUCAUCAAUGCUACUGCUUUGGAAGAGCAGAACAAUGCUAUGAAAGAUCAGCUUAAACUGCAAGAGGAUGACAUUCAGUCUUUAAAAGCCAGUCUGUCAGAGGAACAGGCCCGAAACAAAAAACUCCGUGAAGAACAUGAAACCAUGGUGUCUCAACUGCACACUCAGAUCCGCCAACUCCAGCAGGGAUGUGAUAAGUAUUCUACAGCAAAUCAGGAGUUACAGAGUAAGCUAAUGGAGUACAAGAAGGCAGCUGGUGACCUAAGGGUUGAGCUCCAGAAGGCUAAUAACAAAAUCUGUAACACUGGCCAUCUCCUCAACCAGCUGCGGCAAAAGCUGACCAACAGCGAGACGGUUCAGCAGCAGAUGGAAUUCCUCAACAAGCAGCUGCUUCUCCUGGGUGAAGUGAAUGAACUAUACAUGGAGGAGCUGAGGCAGUCAUCUCCUGAUAACAGCAAGGAAGAAGAAAUGCUAAAAAUAGCCUAUGAAAAGGAAAAUGAAAAGUUGAGGUACAAUGCUAUACAGCAGAGCCAAAGGCUGGAAGCAGCACAGAGGCGUAUUGUGGAACUUGAGACACAAUUCACAAAGAAAGAACAUCUUUUAAUGGAGCAGAAGAAAUACCUAGAGGACUUCAAGAGCCAGGCCAGCCAUCAGCUUCUAGCAGCACAAAGUAGGUACAUUACCCAGAAGCAGAUCACCCAAGUCCUGGAGCGGGAAAUGUCUGAGCUGUAUAGCCAGCUAGAAAAGAAGAACCUUCUGCAAUCUGCAGGUGUCGUCUCAGACAAAAGAGCAGGAGGCAGAGCAACAGAAGCCAACACACCCAUGGACUCCCGGUCUGAUUGUGGUGGUGUUAGCAUGUCAUCAGUGUCAAAUUCUGAUUGUACAGAUGUCCAUCAAGCUGAGUCACCUAAGAUCAACAAAAGCACUUUAUCAUACAGACCGCCACCAUCUGUAUCACCGGGAGGUGGCAGUUCUGUAAACGGUAGACAGGAUCCACCUGUCCUCAUGGAGCCUUCCCCAUCCCACUCAUCCUCAUCCUCUACCAGCUCUGCUACCAAUGACACCCCAAUGACUGUGGGCUCCUACCCCAGCGCCAAAAGCUUCUUAACUAUGCGCAACCGGGAGCUUUUCAGGAACAAGAGCGAGAGCCAGUGUGAUGAUGAGGUCCCUCGAUUGUCAAGCCUUUCCCAGGUUCUGAAAACUGAACAGUGCCCUGACCCGCUUGGCACUUGUGCAGGAGAUCUUGACCACUGUAAGACUGCCUUGGGUAAAGAGGAGAAUACUGAUGGACAGCAAACGAAGAGCUAUCAGGAGGGCACAUCUCAGCAAAGACAGCAACAUCUGCGGAUAAUGGACUAUAAUGAGUCACACCAUGACCACAGCUAGAGAGGAGGGGUGGGGGUGGACUUAACUCAGUGUUAUUAUUUCAUUCCCUGAGCUGACAACAGGAUUUGAUGUUCAAAUUAAUCCCUUCUAGUGUAUAUAACUAAGCAAGUAGCAUCUCCCAGUCUUACCAUACUCCUCUGAUAAUCAAUCCCCAUCCACUUAUGAAGAUUCAGUUUGAAAAAGCAGCGAGGUAUUUUGUGAAGUUUCCAUUGUUGGUGCUCCAUUUUUUUUACUACAUAGUUUUUUUUUGUUUUUUUUUUUUAAAAAAAGACCAGUAUUGUCAGAAAAUUGUUAAUCUCCUUUAGUUUUUAUCUGAGAGCCUGACCGGUUUCUUUAAUCACUGAAAACAGAAGAAAUCCUCUGUAUGCAUUGAUAAGUCAUAAUUUAAACUGCCUCUUAUAUAAUUUGGAUCUGCAAAGAAUAUCAGUAUAGAUUGAUAGUAAAGCCAGGCAGAGUGAUAUUCACACACUCCCAAAGGAAGUCUUCCACCUUGUUCCUGAGCCUUCAUUUAGGACUAUUCAUAUAGUUACGUUACCCCCUGCUUGCUUAAAGCCUGUUGGCUGAGAGAUUCCAUGAGUUAAAACUCAUGGCAUGGAGAACCUCCUUUGUUCCUUCUCUUUUUCUGGCAAAAUUUUUGCAACACUGUUUAUACCUUCCAAUGCCAUCUCCUCUAGGUGGCACCAUGUGCAACUUGUUCCUCUUUUUGGGUGGAACGUCUUCUCACCUUUUUCUGAGUUACAGGGUGUGAAGUCCAGUUACUUGCUUAGAAAGGCCAUGUUCUGGGUGCAUUUUGGUAAAGACAGAUCGUAAUGCCAAGAUAAGACUUUUUUUUUUUUUUAUCCUGCCAUCCCUACCCAUGACCUUAGCUCUCAUUUGAAGUUCCAAAUAUAUGUAACAUCUAAUAAAAGGACUUGGCAGACUGGCAUUGCAGUUGGCUAAACUGUUUUUUUCUAAUUUCUUUCUGCCUUUAAUUUUGGAGGUGUAACAGAUUUUAGUGAUAAACUGAACAUUUGAGAUGGAUGGUGGCAAGAGUGUCCUGCUUUUCAUCUUCUAAAAGUUAAUUUAUCUGUGCCCAUCUAUGUGCAGAUAUUUUAACACUUUCUAGAUUUUGGACCUUGUAGCCAGUUAUUGUCCAUGACCCGUCUUGUGUUGUGGCUCCUUGUGAUUUAGCUGUCUUAUUUUCAUCCUACAUUCUGGCAGCAAUCUUAUGGCAAUUUCCUAAGAAACAUAUCUGACUGUUUUGCCUUUACCAGAGAUCAGUUAAUGCGAAUUACACACUUUUAAAAUUCAUUUUUGUUUUAGCCCUAUUGAUUUUUUUCUUUAAGUCAUUCAAAUAUUGACCCUUUAUGGAUAAGUGAAAAAAUAGCCAGUGGAAAAUGGUUUUCUUUGACUUUUAAGGUUUUGAAGCCACUUGGUUGUGCAUUAAGAAUUCAGACCCCAGGCCUGUAAUAUUGGGUCAAUGGUCUUUGCCAUGUCAUAAGCAAAACAUCCUGUAUCCUUUCCCUGAUUGACUUGGCAUCAUGGUGAUAAUUGAUGCCAGGAACUCAGUUUUGCAAAGCCCUUGCAUUCAACCAAUAAUACCAGUUGGACAGUGGGCAGGACCCAUUUUCCCAUAUCGAAAAAGUUGGGUAAAGCAGCCUUUGUUUAUUUUCUCAUUUAAUUGUACAAAAGUACAGUGAAAUUGAGUAAUGGAUUAUGGUCAUUCUAAAAAGACUUUGCCAAAUCUGUGCUCUACUGUUCUUAGCCUGAGCACAAAGUGACACUCGGAUAGGACACUUGUAUGAGUGUCUGGCCAAAAAAGUGGAGGAAGUUGUGAGAUGCAUUGCCAUCUUUGACAGUAUCAUGUCUGGUGACAUUUUGGAGCACAUAUUAGGAAAACGGACCACAUUUUAAAUCAGUACAUAUGCAAAUCCUGUUGUCUGCCAAGGGCUUCUGCUCUUAGUAUAUAUAUUUUAUUUUUUGCCUUGCAACCAGAAGCAUGUACAACAAUCCACAUCAAAAUGCCAAUAACUGGGUUCAGAGGGGUAGGAGAGUGAUUGACAAAAUGCAGUGUGGUACAAUCUGAGCAUAGCUGGAGGUUUGUCAUAACCCUAUGUUGUGAAGAACGGUAAGGAAGACUUGCGUUCUGAGGAGCAGUUGCUUGUGUUUAACUGUGAACAUAAAUAAAAUGGUCUUUCAUGUUUUGCA